GGUAUGUCUGGUAUUGGUUGGAAACGAAGAGGAAAGCUUGUCCAAAACGAGUCCCUCUUCGCCCAAUCCCUGCCCGCGACCGCAACUCUCCCCCAAAUUCGAGUAGCUACUUCUUCUUGCAUCUGUAAAUCACUACAGCUUCUUCCUUUCUCUCUCUCACCCCAAGUAUUUGCUUUCAAUGGACACGGCCACUGAUGCAUCAUCUCAGCCGUCCAUUAUUCCAUCCAACACUCCUCUCCUCUCCGCUUUCCUUGCCUUCGCUCUCGCUCAGUUUCUUAAGCUCUUCACUACCUGGUUCAAAGAGAAGAGAUGGGAUUCUAGAAGGAUUCUUGGAUCAGGUGGGAUGCCCUCAUCACAUACAGCAACUGUGACUGCCCUUGCAGUAGCUAUUGGUCUGCAAGAAGGAACUGGAGCACCAACCUUUGCUAUUGCACUGGUUUUGGCAUGUGUUGUUAUGUAUGAUGCUACUGGUGUUAGACUUCAUGCUGGUCGCCAAGCUGAAUUACUAAAUCAAAUUGUAUGUGAACUACCUCCUGAACACCCGGUCUCCAAUGUCAGGCCUCUUCGAGAUUCACUAGGCCACACUCCUCUCCAGGUUGCUGCUGGUGCUGUGCUGGGGUGCAUUGUAGCUUUUCUCAUGAAAAGUUCAUAGGGGAUGAUACCGCUAAUGAUGAUAUUGACAUAUUUAGUGAACUCUGGACCGGCUCAUUCCUGCAAGUCUAUCUGCCUCAUAGGUUCUAAAUUGUUUUGCUGUGUGUAGCUGUUCUCGAUUGUGCCUGGUGUUCAUUUGGCAUGUAGAAUAACUUGAGGGGGCUAUUUGUAUAAAUUUAGUUGUAAAAGAUUGUCUUUGUUUUUGUAAUUUAUUUUUAUUUUCCUUUUCUGGGUUGGGCUUUUCACUUCCCAUUAAAACACAUACAAUACAAUGAUCUUUGUCCAAGCCUCCAGUUGACCCUGAUAGCUUGCAAGAAAAUUGUAAAGUUGACACUGCUUGAUAAUGAAAGAUCACUCGAUCAUCCUCCACUUCCUUUUGCUUC